AUGGCGACAGGUCCAGGAAAAGACCAGGACGACCCGGUCCAUGUGAACCAGCAACACCAGAGCAAGGAUUCCAAGACCGCCUUCACCACUGGGGCGCCGCGCGCCGCCCCGGCCGAGUUCGCCUCGCCGCCACCUCCUUCCGGCGUCGAGCAGUCCGGGGAGGGAAGAAUCCCCGGUAUCGAUGGCUCGGGCUCCGCCGCCGCGGCGGUCAACGGAAAGGGCAAGAAGGUCGCCCCUCUUUCUCCCCCAUCUUCCUCUCGUGGCUCCAGGGACAGUACGUCCUCCGCCGACGCCGCGGAUACCGAGGAAAGAACCAAUGCCUCCUCUCGGCUACCUUCCUCCGCCCACCUCGAGCGGGUCGACGAGCAGCCCGGAGAGGGUAGUAGCCCAGGUGCCGACCGAAAGGGGGACAAGGCCGCUGUUCUUACUCAGGCGUCUUGCUCGCGUGAUUCAGAGCGGAGCGACUUUUCCACAUCCACCACCUCCUCCUCCGCCGACGCUGAGGCGGCUGAAGUCGUCAGCAGGAAGGCGGACGAAAAACAGGUGAUAUGCCCCGCGGCCACCAAAGAGAAAUUCUUGAAGCAGUUCACAAGUCGUUGCAAUUUGAAGCUGUCAGAAGACAUUUCUGAGAAUGGUUAUGAUGAUAAUUGCUUCAACAGCAAGCGCAAACUAGGAAACAAGAUACCUCUGAUGGUAUUUGCAGAGCAAUAUAAUAACAACACCACUUUCAUGCAAAAGUUCGAGAUUCUUCAGGAAAAGUAUCAUUUCGUCAGACUGGCAGAUGGUGAUGGGAGUUGCUUCUACCGAUCUUUCAUUUUCAGCUACUUGGAAAAGGCUGUAGCAAUACCAGAUAAAGAUGUCCGUACAAAUGAAGCUAUACGUCUCAGAGAGCGAAUUGAAAAUGCUAUGCACAGUUGUCUUCGUGGACUUCAUAGGAUGACAGAUGCGCAAUUUGAGCGCGCCUUUUCUGGAUCGGACUUUGUGAUGACAUUAAUUGAAGACGGGCUCUCUGCUGAAGAAUUGCAUGAGAGAGAGUUGGCCGACAGUAUCACAUCAAAAAUUUUGCCCCUUCUUAGGACACUUGCCGAGAUUGAGCUUUGUGCAAAGGAGAGCUAUUAUAAGUGGUUUCUGACCGACCAUGUCUCGAUUUUUGAGUUAUGUGCUGAUGAAGUACGUCCUGACAUUGGCGAAGCUAGCCACCUUACCAUUGUGGCGCUUGUCAAUGCCAUCGGGAUUGCCGUCACCAUGGGCAUAGUUGACAUGACUGAUGGUGGUAUUGAGAUGACAUUUUCACCUGAAUCUGGGAACGUGUCACCAGUUGCAGCCACCGUGUUGUACAUGCCUGGGCACUACAAUGUUUUGUAUGAAUCGUGAGUAGUAUGCUGAGGUGCACACUCUGAUGUGUAAUAUGUCCUUACUAUUGGGCUACAGCUACAAAUGAAAUGCUGGCUGUUGGUUGAUGUAUAUGAGCAAAGCUAACAAACAUUUUCAAA